CACACCUAAGCAACAGCCAACAAGAUUCCACUCAGGCUAAAAAAACGAGAUUGAAAAAAUAACUAGUUUUUCUUCUACUUGACCAAUUCUAAAACCUUCAAAAACUCAAAUGGCUUCUUCAAUGGUGAUAAAGCGAUCAUCAGUGCUAAAAUCACUAACUGGUGGUCUUAGAGUCGCAGCAUCAAGGGCUUAUGCAUCGGUUGCUGUGGGAUCUGACAUAGUUUCUGCUGCACCUGAUAUUUCCCUUCAGAAAGCUCGCACCUAUGAUGAAGGUGUUUCUUCCAAAUUCUCCACCACACCUUUGCAUGACAUUUUCAAGGGGAAGAAAGUUGUCAUCUUUGGCCUCCCUGGUGCAUUUACUGGAGUUUGUUCAGCUCAACAUGUCCCUAGCUACAAGACUAACAUCGACAAGCUCAAGGCUAAAGGGGUUGAUUCUAUAGUUUGUGUUUCAGUAAAUGAUCCAUAUGUGAUGCAUGGAUGGGCUGAGAAACUUGAAGCAAAAGAUGCGAUUGAAUUUUAUGGGGACUUUGAUGCGAGUUUCCACAAGAGCUUGGACUUAACUAUAGACCUCUCAGCAGCUUUGCUUGGAACUCGCUCUCACAGAUGGUCGGCUUAUGUAGAAGACAGCAAAAUAAAGGUUCUGAAUGUCGAAAAGGCUCCAUCUGAGUUCAAAGUCUCUGGCGGCGAUCAUAUGCUUGCUCAGAUCUGAAUGAGUUGGAGGUCAUUUGGAGCUCUUGAUCGUCAGUAAUAAGCUCCAAGUGCUACGUUCUCCUGGUGUAAGUCAACAGGAUGUUACAGAUGUGAUGUAUCAAGUGUUGCUUGCAGUUGCUGUUCCGUGUCUAUCCUUUGGUGUGGUGUGGAUACCAUAGUGAGACAAGAAAAUAUGUGUUUUGGUUGUGUUUGGUUCAUUUUCACAUGAUAUUCAUACAUAUAAUCCGGCUAAUCAAAUAACCAAGUUAAUUGUUUUGGUUCA